AUGUUCGAGCAAAGGGCGGCACGGCAGGCCGUCGCCGCGUCGAUGCAAAAGGCGUGCGAGACGUUCGAAGCGAACGCGUGGAGAAAAAACCUUUGCGCUCACUGCUUUAGAACGCGGGUCGAGCACGCGGCACCACCGAUGCCAAGCUUCGGCAAGAACGCGGUUGCUAAGGCCGCGGUCGCCGUGGCGACGAAGAAGAGCCGGGAUGCGGAGAGGAGCGAUGCUGCGACGAACGGCUUCGGGCGAGAGGACGACGAAGCGAGCCAAACGGUCAGCAAUGGUCACCCUCCACCUAAGAGUGCCCUGGUGAAAUCAAAGAACAUAAAAAAUGCCAGGAACGCAAGGGCUGUAGUCAUCAGUGACAUAGAGGCUGAGGUGAUUGGCUACGGCGGUGACGAUCACCACGGUGACAGUGAUGCGGAGUUUAUGAGCAAUCUCAUCAACAGCCUAGCAGACGAUGACGAGGCACAGCUGCUGUCAGACGACGACCACGACUUCGCCAAACUGACCGUGAUCAACACCGAGUGGAACUCCGAGAACGAGAAUCUCCUCGUCGGCACGACGCCCGACGACGUGAAGCCUCCCGUUGCCAUGGAUACGCGCGCGGGAGCGGGCGACGACAACGACAAGCGGCUGUCUUCGGGUUCGGACCCGAACAGCCUCCUCGCGCAGAUUCUCGGCCAGCUCUCCGAGGACUCUAAGGAUAUAUUCUCUUCCGGAAAACCGGCGUCGUCGCCGUCUUCCCCGAAGCAGAAUGGAGGAUCGCGGCCGGACCCCGUUGCCAAUGGCGACGCCGCGGAGCGGGAGGCCACCGCCACGUCGUCGCGGCGACCGGCGGCGACGACUACGACAACGACGAAGACAAACUCUAGUGCCAUUGAUAUGAAAUCAAAAUUCUUUGCGAGCACGAAGGCCACUAGUACAAUCUUCAGCAGCAGCAGCAGCCGUGCAACGGCGGCGGCAGGCGGGGAGACGAAGAAAGUCGUCGUUCAAUCGCGGACAGUUGCCGAGAGCAGCUCACCGAUGCUGCAGAAGCGCGAGACGGUCGCCGCGACAACGGUGGCGUCACCGUCGCCGACGCCGAAAUUCACGAGUGGUUACCGGAGCACAGCAGAGGUCGGGCCGGUGAACGCGACGAGCAAGCCAGACCCGGUGGCGCCCUCUCAGUUUCGCCGACCGGACUGGUUUAGGUCAAUGGCCGGCAGUGCGGGCAGCGUCGUCGAUAGCAACAAGCCUCUGCUGCGCUCCUACAAGCAGACGCCCAAGGCCUCCGUGAAGCCGAUAGUGAGAGAGCCGGCGAAGCCAGCCGAUGCCGCUAACGAGCAGAAUAUAAAGGAUAGUAUGAAGACAGAUGAAGAAAAGUCAGCGCUGGUGAAGAGAUACCAAACUCCACCGCCUCCACUUGCUAUUAAUCAGACCAAGGUUCCUCCCACGACACUAACAGACCAGAAAAAAGAGGAAGUUUACUACUUCAAGUACGAUGCAGCCAAGCAGUCGAAAAUUAAUGCGGACGCUCCAAUCCAGUCUACACGAGUGAACCCUGUCUCCACGGCUCCGCAGGGCUCUGUCUCCAGUCUGCAACGCCCCUCAGUACCUCCAGUCCCACCCCCUAAUGCUGCAAAGCAGGGCAGCCCGACGAAGGAGCGUCCACGCGCGCAGACGUCGUUCCUGCAUGGCGGCGGCCGCGCGACCGCGUCCAAUGUCGACAGCAACCCGUACAGCCGCGUGCCGUCCAGCAUUGUGUCGCGGCCUCGCCAGCCGUCGCCGCCGCACUCGCCGCCGACGAAGAAGGACUGCACGCCGCCGCCGCCCAUCCCCCCGCACCUGAGCAGUAGCCCCGAGGACGAGAACUACGAGCCGAUCGACGACAUGGAGAAUAUCUACGACGCCGUUGACGAGAAGCUAAUGCACAGCGUCGCGGCGGCGGCCCUGGCUGCAGUGCCACCUAGCGGCGACUUCAAGAAGGCGUCGAGUCCCGUCUACGCGGAGCCGAAUCUCUACGACAGCAUCGCGCCGCUUCUCGCCUCGACCAUCGAGGAUGCGCCGGCCUCGAGCUCGGCGCGGCUAAAACCCGAGCUGGUGCCGCCACGCGUGCCGCGCAAGAACGACGGCAAGUCGCCCGAGCCGCCGCCGAAGCUACCCGACGGGCCGCCGAAGAAAGAUGGCGGAUCGCGUGACUCGCUCGACCGCCGCUCGAGCGCGAGCAGCGAAGUCGAGCGCAGCCCUGACCUUGCCAAGGUCAGGUUUGCGACGGACACCGCGGUCGGCGAGGCCAGCUCCGUCAAAGACAAGGAGUAUUUUGACAGGCAGAAGAUGUACAGACGAUCGACGGGAGCAAUAGAGGUGGGCAAGCUGCCUGAUCUCAAUAGAGGGGCGCCCGGCCGGCAUUCGGAGAACUCUCGCUCGAUGGAGUCCAGCAUGAUCAACAGUCUCGACCUCAACAAAGGCAAAUCACAGUCGCCUCCUCCUCCGCCCUCUUCCUCCGCCUCCAGCGACAGUCUGAGCGGAACCCCCACUUCCACGCCCAAGGCAAAGUCUUCUUCAAUGUCGCAGUUUUCCAGGUUGAAGUCUCCACCGAGUCCGUCACCUCACGGGGAUGUAGCUGGCGGGGAUGAAGCGAUGAGAGGUGGGGACACCUUGAGGAAGAAGAAGUUCUCAUUGAGAAAGCUCAUGAAGUUUGGAAACAAGGAGGACUCGUACGCCAUCAGGGACACGGCGCACAAGUCGAUCGAUCGACGCAAGCUGGACAUCGUCGUCAUUCGAAACACCGAGGACGGCCCGCAGAUGAUCCAGCACAACUCCGAACUAGAGGGCGCCACCGUAGAGAGCCUGGACGAUAUCCAGCGCACGCUGAUGGCAACGUCGCCCGAGCGCGUUAAGACAUUCAGCAGCUCCCUGACCGGCUACAAGGGUCUUUCUAGCGGCGGCGGGGGCGUCACCAUCGGCACGAAGCCAGCCCGCCCGCCGCAGCCUCACCGCUUGCGCUCACAGAGCGAGGACCGCUCCUCCGUCUGCAUGCGCGAUGGCGCCGAGACGUUGCUGACCAAGGAUGGCGCGUCCAAGCCUGCGUUGCCACCACCGCUGCCGCGGCAGAAACCAGACCUGCCAAAGCGAGGAAUGCGCCCUGUGUCCAAGUCAGAAUACAUGAAUAUUGGUGAGGCUAGACUGAGUGUGGUGAACCCAACUAAACCUAGCAGACAUCCAUACACGGACACCUCCGACACGGACAGUGUGCUUAGUGAAAGCUUCCCUGCAAAGAGCCCGCCACCGCCACCUACCGAAUACGACGAUGUCGGUCGACGAAGGUCAGCGAAUCUCUACGACCCGGUGUCUGACACUGUGAGCACGUCGUCUGCUCGCUCGUCCGGCCACGACGAUGAGUACCUCGUGCCGAUCGGCAGCGGCGAGAACUCCAAGUCCAACUCACUCGACUCCAGUCCGCGCAGGACCGCCGAGUCCAACGUCACAGUGAUCAACAUCUCUGACAUGACCAGAGACAUGGAAAGGCUGAUCAACCAAGACACCCCGACCGAGGCCUGGAACUUUACGGCCCCCCUUGCUUGCGCGGAUGAUGAUGAAUCUCCCAGCCAAGACCACAACGGUGGCCAGCCCGUGCCGACGCCGCGACGUAAGCGGCAGUCGCGCGGCAGCAGCGGCUUUUACGAGGAUGUGGACACGGCCAGCGCCCAGGGCAACAACUACACGAAGAUGGUGAUGAUGAAUCUGGAGACACUUGUCAUGGCUUCAGAGAAAUCGAAGCACAAAGAUCUCUCCAAGACAGGCAUCGGUGCUAUCGGCAGCAAGCUGAAGUGGAAGGAUUUCCUGCUCAAGUCAGAAUCGCCGCUGCUCACGACGAAGCGGUAUGUGUUCUACAGCGCCUCGUGGAAGUACAACCCUGACCAGGAGUACACACUCGUGCUUCUGCCACAGAUGACAUCGCUGAUGGAGAAGAAGGAGAGUGGGUUGUACGUCUUUGCAGAGUUUGAGGACAGUGUUCCCUCGAAGCUGCUUCAGCAAUCGGUCAAAGUUCCAGACGACCAGACAACUAGGGUGCUGGUUGCUGUCACGCCGCCGAUGAUGAUAGAAUCGCUGUGUAAGUUUGCCGACAACAGCCGGGACAGGCACAGCAAGGAUCCGCACGUGUACGAGAAGACUGUCUGCUUCCUACUACUGCAGGCUCUCGGCCUGCUCAAGAACUUACAGGGCGCCGGCUCGCAGGAGGUUGAAGGCAAUCUCGACAGCUUCGUGCUCGUCAAGCGGGAGGGCGACUCACACCAGCGGCUCGUCUUCCUCGAUCUCGACGCGCCGUCGUCGGCAGCCGACGCAUCGUCAUCGUCGUCGUCGCGGCUGUCGCUGUGCGCCUGCGCGGCGCGCAUCGCCUACCACCUGCUGCACGUGCGUCUGCUCGUGCGCGACCUGCGCACCUGGCGGCUGCCGACGAUUGCCGCCCGCUCGCCGUUCUCGCGCGCGCUCGGCCGCGUCGUCGAGGCGCUGUCGCGCGAGCGGCCUGCCGCGCUGACGCAGGCCGCCGGCGCGCUCGAGUUUGCGCUCUGGGGUCCCGAGGAUCGGCUGAUGCGCGACCCGCGCAGCCACCAGGAGGACGACGCCGGCCUGCGGCUGUGGCUGGAGCUGGAGCGUGCGCGCAAGGUCAACUGCCUGGCGCGCGCGGCGGCCGACGGCAGCGGCGACGCGGGGCUGACGUCGCUAGGCGUGCUCAACGAGCACCACGUGCACUUCCUCGUGCGCGGCACCGUCAAGAAGCUGCUCGAAUCUCACGGCUUGCUCAAUCUCUCCUAG